GACUCAGGCUACAGGAGCAAGCUUAUUGUAACGGCGGGCCAGUACCCCGUACAGACAGGUACUAUUCUCGUGCCAGCCCUACCGCUGUGACGGCCGUGGGACGGAUGGCGUCCUGAAUUGUCUUGGACCAGCGAGCCAGCCGGUACAAGUGCUGAUGGCGCCCCGCCCCUUGUUGCGCGCGCGCGGUGUGGCACAAGACGGUCAAUCCUGCAUGUCGCUCCCCGUCAACAACAGUAUCGAGAGAGUCCUUGACCACUCUUCGCCGCCCAUUUUGUCUCGCAUUUUUUACGUUCGGUCAGAUUACCCCUAGCUGAUGCUUGGCAGCUUCAUUUAAAGUCCUCCCCCUCCUACUUUACUCUGUCGUCCCGAAGCGUGGCUUGUCUCGGUUUCCCCUCCGCGCGAUGGCAUCGCUACAUCCGCACGACCACUUCUACUCCAACAGGCACAGCAACUAUAGCAGUCACUCCCCAUCACCUGAAGCCGAAAAGAUGCUCAAGCAUCCAAACGGUGGGCCCGGCCCCGAAGCCGAUGCCAUCCCGGAUGGAUUGGAGGUUAACACCGGAGCAAACUACAGCACGGCGCCGCAAUCAUAUGAGCCGGCACAGGCGCAACCGUACUAUGACCAGCAUCAACAUCAGCAUCAGCACCAACACCAACCUCACACGCCGCAGACGAAUUACACCGAGACGACGUACGCUCAAAAUCAGCACUCGCCGAUGCCGGAAAAGCAGCUGGCGGAAAGGAAGGGAAGCAAGGACGACGGCACAAUAUGCGGACUGCGCAAGGCAACAUUUUGGUUGUUGAUUCUCUCCAGUCUGCUGUUCUGCGCCUUGGUCGGUGUGGCGGGCGGAUUAGGUGCUUUGGUGGCAAGCAAAAACAACGAAAUCGCAAACCUCCAAUCGCCAUCCACUUCUUCAUCAACCGCCACACCCACCUCGGUAUCAUCGUCAGCCGCCUUCGACCUAAGCAAGCCCGCUGCCACGGAUACGCCCAUCGCGCUCAACAAGUGUCCCGGGUCCAGCUCCGUGUUGACGUACCAGGUGCCCGGGACGAACUUGACGUUUAGUAAGGAUUGCGGGACGGAUUACCUCUACAACGACAUCGCGCAGGUGCCGGCCAAGAAUUUCGAAGAGUGCGUACGGUACUGCGCGGCGUUUAAUCUGCAGCAGCAGUCGAGAAAAGGCCCAUGCAAAGGUGUUGUGUACAUUUACGAGGGCGAGCAGGGGGAGGACAGCAAUUGGUGCUGGAUGAAGUAUACCAAGAACAUGGUGCAGAACGGGGCCAAGGACUACACCGAGUCGGCUUGGAUUUUAUGAGGAUUUACUGGAGGAUUUUCAAUGGGGAAGCGCGUUUGGAAACUUGGUUUCGGCGUCCUUGGUGUGUGCUGCGGAUACCCAGUUGUUCCCCCCGUUAAUGAGAUCGUGUUCCAAAACGACGUGAGGUUUCUUCCUUCUGACUCCUGCAGGAGUGCAUGCAUCGCCAUCCAUCGUUCCAAAGGCCGGGGAGCGACAGGCAGCCUUCACGGCUCGCCG